UUUUAAUUUCAGGGAAUGACUGUUGCCAUUUUGGGACCCACAUUUCCGGACCUGGCAAGAAAUGUAAACCGGAACGUCAGCAGCCUUUCCGAAAUCUUCGUGGGCCGCGCCCUCGGCUACUUUUGCGGCUCUGUGGUUGGCGGGGUGCUCUUCGACUGCAUGAAUCAUUUUCUGCUUUUGGGCAUGUCAAUGCUGACUACCACCAUUGGCCUUUAUCUUAUUCCUCUUUGUAAGACGGCAACAUUGCUAAUUGCCAUGAUGUCUGUGUUUGGUGUCUCGUUUGGCGCUCUGGAUACAGGUGCAAACGUCCUCAUCUUGGAUCUUUGGGGGGACAAAGGAGCCCCCCAUAUGCAGGCCUUGCACUUCAGUUUCGCCUUGGGUGCCUUCCUGGCUCCCCUGCUGGCUAAAUUGGCCUGGGGUACCACAGCAUCCGCCCAGAACCACACCGAGUCCGACUUUGACCCUCUAAUGCUGAACCGAUCCUCCAAAGCCUCCUCAGACUCUGUGUUCGCGGUACCUGAGGACAUGAAUUUGCUGUGGACAUACGCUUCCAUCGGCACCUAUGUCUUAGUCGUUUCUGUCUUUCUGUUUGGUCUGUUUUGUAAGAAACAUUCAAGGCAGAAAAAGUCCUCAGCAUCUGCUCAGGGAGCUCGAAGGGCUAAAUAUCACAGGGCCCUGCUCUGCCUCCUCUUCCUGUUCUUCUUCUUCUAUGUGGGAGCUGAGGUGACCUACGGCUCUUACGUGUUCUCCUUCGCCACCACCCACGUUGGCAUGGAAGAGAGCGAGGCAGCUGGCUUGAACUCCAUCUUCUGGGGAACCUUUGCAGCCUGCAGGGGCCUGGCCAUCAUCUUUGCAACAUUCCUACAGCCUGGAACCAUGAUUGUGCUGAGCAACAUUGGCAGCCUGGUCGCAACUUUCUUUCUGGUUCUUUUUGACAAGAGCCCUCUCUGUCUCUGGAUAGCGACUUCCGUGUAUGGAGCCUCAAUGGCGACCACGUUUCCCAGCGGCAUCUCCUGGAUUGAGCAGUACACCACCUUAACUGGGAAAUCUGCAGCAUUCGUUGUAGUUGGUGGUACUGUGGGAGAAAUGGCCAUUCCUGCAGUGAUCGGAAUUCUUCAGCAACACUACCCAGAUCUGCCAGUAGUUCUGUACACAUGUCUGGGCUCAGCCAUAUUCACGGCUGUUUUAUUUCCUGUGAUGUAUAAAUUAGCCACCUUACACCUAGAGAGGAGAGAGCGGGAGGGAAAGCAAGGGAGUUGCUGCUGA